ACAGCAGAUCUUCACCACAGUCGGAGUAAACUCAGCUGAGGGAAGUUGGGAAGAGGAGCGCUCCAGGGAUUUGCCCUCCUUACUGCAUCCACUUCUGUUUUUCUUCAGUUUACAAAUAUAGUUUUUAUAUUUAAAGACAUCGCAGGACACGGACAUAAGAGUGGACACCAGCUUUUAUUACUCUUUUUCUUCCUCUUUUUAUUUCUUCUCCUCGACUGAUGAUGAGUGGACCGACUUAUGAGAGGAAGAUACCCGGGAUUUCUGCAGAUCUGUCAGGCUCUAUGAGCUGCCACCCGUCCUCCAAAGACUCCCCGACACUGCCGGAGUCUACAGCCACGGACAUGGGCUACUACAGCGACUAUUACUCGGGGCAGCCCUACCAGAGCCAGCCCAUGACCUCCUACCCGCAGUUCAACAUGUCCAGCAUGGGGCCGGCGGGGCAUUACCCCAGCAAGACAGAGUACCCCUACAGCCCGUCCUACAGGCAGUACGGCCACUACGGCAGGGAACUGCAGAGCCCUCCGCACAACACAGUAAAAGAAGAAGUGGAGACUGAAGUCCGGAUGGUCAAUGGGAAACCAAAGAAGAUCCGCAAGCCUCGCACCAUUUAUUCCAGUUUUCAACUGGCAGCACUGCAGCGGCGCUUCCAGAAAGCCCAGUACCUGGCCCUGCCUGAAAGAGCAGAGCUGGCUGCACAACUCGGUCUCACACAGACACAGGUGAAAAUAUGGUUCCAGAACCGACGAUCCAAGUUCAAGAAGCUGUACAAGAACGGCGAGAUUCCUCUGGAGCACAGCCCAAACGCCAGCGACUCCAUGGCCUGCAACUCGCCGCCCUCCCCGGCCAUAUGGGACAGUAACGCACACUCAGGACAGGUCGGCCGGGGCCAGGGCCCUCAGCCCCCUCUUAGCUCCACACCGCCCUCCUACCUGGAGGACUACAGUAGUCCCUGGUACCAGCAGGGAUCGCAUUUACAGCACCCAGGGGCCGUGCAGAGCCUGGGGGCGGUCUACUGAUCCGCGGAGGGUCUACUGAACACCAGAAAAAUGGACUGGACUUUUAUGCAAGCAGACUGUUCGUAGUGGCUUCAUGCAAAGUAGAGCCUAAAAGGGAAAUAAGCUGAAAUGAGGCAUCUGGAGUCACAGCCGACGCUUCCUUCGACUGUUGCUGAAUUCGUUUGACUUGAGUUGAACGCGUUCAUGGGACUGCGACUGGCUUCAUCUGUCGAGUUAAGAAGGAGAAAAAGGAGAAGGAGAAGGAGAGGACGAUGGAUGACCAUUCAUGCUCGACUAUUCAGAUUAACAUGAGCACAUAGGCAUAUAGGUUAACCUAUUAUUUAAAGGACAUUAUGGCGUGGUGUUAAAUUAUUAUUUUUUGACUAAUUGCUCCCCUUUUUAUUCAUAUUUGUUGUUGUUCUUCUUCUUCUUCUUUGUAUUUGUUUGUUUAUAAUGUAACAAAAGAGAAUAGAGAUAAAAAUGAACCUGAAAAGAAAAAGAAAGAACUGGUGCACCUACAGCGUGGGUGGCUAUCCCGUGCUUCACAGACUCAGGACAAUAAUAAGUUAUAUAUUGAUUUGUACAAACCUAUUGAAAGAUGUAGUUGUGUAUAUAUGUAUGUUUUUAAAUGCAUCAGAACCACUAAAACUCUAUUGUUUUUGGAGAGAUACAGUAAAACACUGCGCAGUGGUGCCUGGAACCGUUUUUGUAUUCCUGUAAGUAGUGCUUCUGUUGUAAUGCUGUUAAAGUUGAAUAAAUGCAAAAUGAACUCAUGUUUAAAAA